GCCAGCGAAGAUUUGCGAGCUGUACUAUGUUGAUCGCGAUCAUCAAGAGACUGCACGAUAGCAGCAGGUGAGCCUAGUCACGCCCACAUGACUAUAAUACUGCGCACUUCAUCUUUUCUUCUAUCACUUGUUGUACUAGAAGUACCCUCCUCUUGCACCUCAGGUCAACAUCCUGUCGUGAAUGAUGCUUCGCCAACAGAGGAAGUAGGUGUUGCGUCAAGAACUUGAAGAUCAUGCGAACAGAGAUAGUAAAAUUACCUUCUUGAUUGAUGACCGCGUGACGUUUCCAAUUACGAGUUGUACUGCAUUACCUAAAUUUUUGUUACUACACCUGAUAAAUUAAAACGCUCGACGCCCUUCUGAGUACUAGAUCAGUUCUUGUUAUAAGCGACGGCAUCGUAGUUCGUAGUUCUAGUUGGAGUGAAGCAGUAGUACUAGUAGACUUUGUUCGGCCGCAGUAUCCUCGCGAGCAACGCUAUCUAAGUGGUUGUACAUACAAGAUGUGAGUAUAGAUCUACUUUUUUCGUUUUUCCGAAAGUCUUGUUCCUUUGCUUUGCAUCGAAUUCAACAACACAAUAAGAAGAAAUUAGUUUGGGACGACGUUUUGCAAUCUGAUAGACUUAUUCUUGCCAAAAGGUAGUAGUAGGUUUUUUGCGCUACAGAAGGAAGUUGCCGCAUUACAAAUUUCUUGCCAGAAGGUAGUUUUGCAUUACAAAUUUCUUGUCGAAACUACCACCUCCACGUCGAUGUCUAGCUCCCGAUCCAAGGAUGCGGCGCUUAUGAAAAGAAAAAGUACGCGAGAAGUGGGGAAUAGCAUGAUAGACCGUCUUUGUCAUGCAGGACCUGCAUGCAAAAGCAAAACUAGAAAUUGACAUUGAGACACAGGAUGAUGAAUGCCAAUGCGACCAGGAGAUUGUUGUAAGUAAGUAGGAGCACCGGAUGAUGCGCUUUAUGCAUGGCAACAACGCUUUCUGCAGCAGAUGAGCCGCAUAUCAGCAAAUCAUCCUCAUCGAACAAUUAGAUCCAUCGGUUGAUUCUGUCAUUUACGACGGACUAUUCCUCCGUUGUACUGUUGUUUCACCCCUUCCAUAAGGUUCACGAAACGACCUCCGAACUGACUUUGACGUUGACCCAAGAUUUGGUUCCGGCCUUCAUCUUAUCGACAGGAUCUUUCAACACAAAAUAAAUCCAACUUGUUUCAACAUACUGCACAAGAAAAAGACAAUAAAUACGACAGCAAAUAAUUCUACUUCCGGGACUCUACUUGACAUCAACGAGGAGCAACAACUGGGCCAUGUAAAAAACACCAGCGAGACAUCUUUACCAGACCACACCGGAGUGCCGGAAGACAACCUGUGGUUUACUGUUCCAGACGAGCUGAGCAAAAGCGAAAGCGAUUGUCUUGAACAUAAUUUUCCUUCCUGCGUUGGGACUACAACACGACUAGUAGAACAAUCGGCUUUUGAUAUUUCGUCACCUUCUUGUUCAGCUUUCGAGCAGCAGCCGUCAUCUACUUCGAGGCAGGUGCCGAGUUUUUGUGCUGACCCUAACGAGAAUUACAUCGCAGCUGGUGCUCAAAGUACAACAGCUAGUACCCACGACCGCUAUCAUCAAUCGACGACAGGACCACGAG